AAAAAAUCAGAGAAACUGAUCAUUUUAAGUGAUCUCUGAAUUUUUUCCAGAGCUGUAUUAUAUUUGUAUUUUGCAUCACAGACCAACAUAAAAGUGAAGUGUAAGUUAUAACAUGUAAGUCUGAUCAAUUUGAUUUCUUUCAAAUAAAUCUGAAAAGUCAAAAAAAAAAAAAAAAGGGGUCCUAAAAAUCUCAAAUGUUUGUUCUAUAUUUCAAAAUGUAAUUAUUAAACCAGUGUUUUUCUGAUGAGCCAAAAACAGAACAUAGGUGACAUAUGUCCUCAGGUGUCUCUGGUUUCUGUGAAUUUGAUCAGCUUAUCUCAGGUAAUGGCAACAUAACAAGAGAAGAGAGCCGUCUCUGGGCUGAUCGGAGCGAUAAUCUAGUUCUGCAGGUCUCCUCUUUAAGUCUUUAUGGGCCGAUUCAUACAGGCUGCGCAGUUUAGCUGCAGUUGAACAGAAAGCAAGAGAAGAAAUUGAGCUUAUUGCAUCUAUUUAUGGCAUGCUAUUUGUGUAUUUAUUCAAAAAACCUUGCUGUCAGCCAGAGCCUGCUAAAUAGUUUGCAUCUGUACAGAACUAGUCAUAUUCCUUAAAUUGUAAAUAAAGUUAACUAGUCUUCAAUAAUAAAAGCAGUAAGACUAGUUAGCCUUGAAUCACUGACCUUUUUGGCAGAUGCAGCUACUUCAGUUUACAGUUUAGACUUUUUGCUUAGUUAGCUUCAAUAGUUUGUGAAAUGAAACUACUGUUUACUCAUAAUUCUAGAAAUAUUAACUCUUUAUGUGCAGAUUUAAACAACACAAAAUAACUAGCUUGCUAUUGGAUGCUAACAAAUUGGCUAGGCAGAGAUCAUUUUAAAUAUGGUUAAUUUGUGACCUUAAAGUGUUUCAUAGUGAAGCAGUAGGGUUCAUUUAUCUGUUAAGAUUGUGGGAAAUGAUUUUAUAUUAAAAUUAUUAGAAAAAUAGAAUAUGAAGGAUAUAAAUAUAGUGUUGAUACAAAUUUUCCCACAUAAAUGCAGUGAAAUUUUAGCAACCACAGCUUCCCUAUUUAACUGUACAUUAAGACUUCCUUUUUCUUUUUCUUUUGUACAGUGUAGUAAUUUAGCCAGCUUGACAUAUCUGUAGAUUUAUUUGGUUUCAGUGAUGAAUUAACAAAAUUAACGGGAUUUUUUCACUCUGUUCCCUGAAGGUGAAUGAAAAAUCGGUGUAAUUUCCUGAUUUCCUGUCAGUGAGCUGAUUGGUUCAUAUAUUCCUUUAUGUUUUCUGAUUGUUACUGCAGUCUGCCUUCCUGUUUACAGAGAUUUUUGAAUCUCCCCCCGAUGCACGUUUCUGUAUGCAUUUUAUCAAGAAAGUUAUUUGGUUUAGCUGCAGAUGGAGUUAAUGCAACAUGUUUGAGUUCAUUCUUUUUUCACAUGUAUGUUUCCCAUUGGAAGAUCUUCCUCCUUCAACAGCCAGUAAUGACUCACCGGAACAAAAAUCCAGUCUUACCAGAAAGUGCGCACUACUUUUGGGCGCAUCGUCUCUCCAGUGACAGAAGGCAGGGCCGUCGGCGGCUGUUCACAUCAUCAUCUGCACCAGAGACAGACAUGUUCAGUGGCACCUCUGAUCAGCACCCUUCAGGCUAUGACCUGGGCCCCCAACCGGGGGACAAUUCCUCUCAUGGAGGUGAUGGAGGUCAUGGUUCAGACCAUGGACAAGAUGGCCGCCGUGGAGGAGACAACAGAGAUCAUGGGGACAAGGGAAGGGGAAUGUCUGACUUAGAUCUGGAUCUUGCUUUUAACAAUGACAAUGACCGGGACCGGGACAGACACGAUGACCGGGACCGGGACAGACACGAUGACCGGGACCGGGACAGACACGAUGACCGGGGUUGUGACCGGGACCAUGACAAGGACACACACAGUCCUGAGAGACGUAGCGGCAAGCGAAGCGGCAGUCGCGAAAGGAAGCGAAGCGGCAGCGGCGACCGCAAGCACGGCCAUGAACACGGACACGGACACGGACACGGACAUGGACACGGGCACGGCCAUGGUCGUGGACGUGGACGAGGUGGACGCUGGUAGAGGAAUUAAAACAGGCUGAUCUGCUCCAACCAAAGAAGAAGAAAAAUCAGGAAAUGCUAAAUCUUCCCAGAAUGUUUUACAUUAAACCCAUUCUAACUGGAAUUAUUCAGUUUUAUUUUGUAUUCCAGCAGCUUUUAUAAAACGUAAAGAAAAUGCAUCCUGCUUUUGGUUUUAUGAAAUAAACUGAAACAUCUUUGUUUAAAUCCAGAUAUGAAGUUUUUUGGUUUUUUUGUUACAAACAUGAUGUCGGUAAUUAAACUUGAAUUAAUAGCAGAUGUUCAUCAGAACUUCAGGAUUUUAAAAAUUAAACAUAGAGAGACUUGGGUUCAUUUUACUUUAAAACAAUAAUAGUUGUGUUUGUUUUUUUUUUACGUUGUUGCCCUGCGGCUGCAGCUGCGCCUCCAGUUGGGAAUGUUUUAUCUCAGUGACGUUUGGGCGUAACGCGGCUCCUCCCCUCAGCCAGUUAUUGAACGGCCUGUCAGGUUUGAAUGAAACGUCUGAGAAAAACAUUUUUAACCAGAAUAAAUGUAACAUUUAAUAUGUAGAUAUUUGGGGCAUGUUUGCAUGCCACUUUCAUGUCAGGACAGAUUUCUAUGAGUCAGAUUUAUUUUACUCUAAAAGCAAAAAAUGUUUUGCUCAACUCUGAUUUUUGCAUUUCUACUACACUUCCCAGGAUGCAAUGGGUACUUCCUUACUAGGAGAGCACAAAAAAAGUCUCAAGAUACCAACCUUCAAAACAAAGAAGACAUUUUGGAACUUUAAGACAAUAAAGUUAGAAUAAAAGGUGCAUAAAGGAUUUCUGAAGAAACGUUAACCUGCAGUGACAGGUUGAACCAGCAGGUGGCGCAGGAGAGCUGAAAUGUGACUCCAAAAAGAUUUCUGCUCCAUUUUUCUUCCAAUAAACGUUUUUGGAAACGUUUCUGUUCUGCAGACGCUUGCAGUGGUUCCUGUUGAUAAUCGGUGGGUGUGAUAGUAAUGAGUUGCAUUUACUAGAGUAACUUUUUUAGAAAAAAAAAAAACUUUUAGGAGGAUUUUUGUUGAGCUGUAGUUUUUACUUUUAAUUGAGUAAUUUUAAUAUGAAUUAUUUCUGCUCCUACAUGAGUGAGAGUUCAGGAUUUUCUACCCACUGAAUUAAAAACAUGUUUUAAUCAAAAGUUCACCGGAUGCAGAAACACACCUGCAGUUUUUGUAAAAGUUUUAUAAGUUUUUUUUAAUUGAAAGAAACUGAUAUGGAAAUAUUUCUGCCUGAUUUUCUUACUUGUAUGAAUUAUUGUCAUUUUCAUCCUUAAAAUCUUAAACUUUCUUUUUUAUAUUUUGGUCCAUCUGGUGAUGUAAUUUUUAAAUAUUAAAUGAUUGAUAGUUUGAUCAGUAAACAUUUUACCAAAUGCUUUUUUUGAGUAAUUUCUUGAAGGUGUCUUUUUAUUUUCACUUGAUUAAAAACAUUUUAAAGUCGUGCUGCUCUUACUCUGCCCACCUCUGCAAAUGAUUCUACUCUAUAUUUUAAAAUCCCAUCACUGAAUAUUUUAAAACUCCUUCUGCCUCUUUAAAAAUCUUUAAAAAGAGGGAAAAAAAGUCCUUUGGCAGCCAAUCAUAAAGUCCCGAGUCCAGCCUCAAUCCAGAGUCACUCUGUCCUUCCUCUCUGCAGGAUGCUCCUCUUCCUCUCCCUCGCCGCCGCCGUCCUGUCUGCGGGCCGCGCCAUGGAGAUGAACCGGACCUCCAAGCUGCUGGCGGAGAGCUUGGAGCAAUGCUCGGCCUGCGACUUCCGGGAGCACAGCAAGCAGCUGCGGCUCCACAGCAUCCGCUCGCAGAUCCUCAGCAUCCUGCGGCUGGAGCAGGCGCCCAACAUCAGCCGGGACGUGAUCCGCCAGCUCAUCCCCAAGGCGCCGCCGCUGACGCAGCUGCUGGACCAGUACGACCCGCGGGCGGAGGACGAGGAGCACGCCACGACCCAGACCAUCAUCACCAUGGCCACGAAGCCCAAUCCCGUCCCUGCAGGGCAGCUUUCCUCCUGCUGCCGCUUCAGCCUCAGUCCGAAGAUCCAGCCUAAGAACAUCCUGAGCGCCCAGCUGUGGGUUCACCUGCGGCCGGCGCUCUCCGUCACCACCGUCUUCCUGCAGGUGUCGCGCCUCCGGCCGGCCAGGGAGGGAAACGGCACGCGGGUCCGUGUCCGCUCCCUGAAGGUGGACACGGAGGCCGGAGCCAGCUCCUGGCAGAGCAUCGACAUCAAGUCCCUGCUGCAGGCCUGGCUGCGGCAGCCGGAGAGCAGCUACGGCCUGGACAUCAACGCCUUCAGCAGCAGGGGAGAAGACCUGGCCGUCACAUCGGCCGAGCCUGGAGAGGAGGGACUGCAACCGUUCAUCGAAGUGAAGAUUCUGGACAGCUCCAAGCGUUCCCGGCGAGACUCCGGCCUGGACUGCGACGAGGAAUCCUCAGAGACCCGCUGCUGCCGCUACCCGCUCACCGUCGACUUCGAGGAGUUCGGCUGGGACUGGAUCAUCGCCCCCAAACGUUAUCGUGCCAACUACUGCUCAGGGGAGUGCGAGUUCCUCCACCUGCAGCAGUAUCCGCACGCACACCUGGUGAACAAGGCCAACCCGCGGGGCUCCGCAGGGCCCUGCUGCACACCCACCAAGAUGUCGCCCAUAAACAUGCUGUACUUUAACCGCAAGGAGCAGAUCAUCUACGGGAAGAUCCCGUCCAUGGUGGUGGACAACUGUGGCUGCUCAUAGAGACGAAGGUUCAUUUACUGAGAAAACAAAAUCCUGCAGAACCUGUUCAUGAACGAAGGAUCUGAAGGAACGGCGUCAUCCUGACGGCGGCCAGAAACCGUUUCCCAAACAAAACGCAGUAGAUUCAAUCAAAUAACACGGCUAGUCAGGGUCAUUAUAGCUAGAAAAAAAUAAAUAUGUUUCUGCCAAAAACUCAGAAACGUUUAGAUGAAUCUCUUGUUAACCUCUGAGCUCCAAAACUGAAACAUUUGCAAGACAAACUGAGAAAUUCUGAGAUCUCAGGGAAAAAAAGACAUGAAUGAGAUCCAGGAGUUCUAAAAGUCAAAUAAAAAUGAUUUAUAAUGAAUGUCAAAUAAAUUUGAUUUGAAAUUAUUCUCAGAAAUUUACCGUUUUCAAAUGUUGGACAUUUUCAUGCUUUCAAAAGUAAAAUAUUAUGUUCUUCUGGAUCUCAGAAAUGUUCAUGUUUUCUCUGGAACAUUUUUUAAAUUAAUCCCAAAAUUUUUUCUUGUAAGAUUUUCUUUCUUUUGGUGCUCAGAAUUUGUCAAGAGUAUUAAGGAGAUUAAUCUCAAAUUUAAAUGUUUUUGGUUUUGUUUUUUUUCCAAAUUUUGGAUACAAGUAAUUUUCAGAUUUUUUCUUGACCAUUUUUUUCUGAGAUUAACUUACACAUUUCUGAGUCUGUCCUCGUAAAUUUUAAACUUUCAGAGUUUAGAAAUCUUCGGACGUUUUUCAGAACAUUUCUGAGAUUAACUUGAUUUUUUUUUCUUGCAAAUUUUUGACUAUUUGAGUUCAGAAAUUUGUUGGCAGAAUUUAUUUUUUGUAUCUACAGUGGCCCCGAUAUGCUGUCAUAAAUAGGACUAUAAACAGAGUGGAAAUAAAUUCUAAGACUUUGAGUUAUUAAAUAUUAAAUACAUGUUAAAUAUUUUGACCGUUAUGAGACCAAACUAAGAGACUCAGGAGACUUUUAGGCACCAAACUGAAUGUUGUUAAAGCACCAAGCAGAAUGUAAAUUCUCACUGACAAGUUGUGAAUGUACCCGGCCAAAUCACUUUAUCAACUGUAGUUCUGGUUUGGGCCAGUCGGGUCCAACAAUGCUUUAUUGUUUUGUUCUGAAGUCGGAACAUGGAUCUGGGACUCCGUCUUUACCUGGGCUCUGGAAGAAAACCUGUAGGAAUCACCAGUUUGGAUCCAACGAUCUGCUAGAUUAAUCUCAGAAAUUUGGCAGAAAAACUUUUGAAAUUUAGGAGUUUCAAAAGUUAAAAGUUUGUAAGAAAAAAAGUCACAAAUUGUAUGUGUAAAUAUAUAAAAAUAGAAAGUUUUCAAGCUUACAUUUUUUCAAGAGGAAGCAAGCAAAUUCCUGAGAUUAUUUGGCAUCAAUUUUCUUUUAAUUUUUUCCCAUAUACAAUUAUCUACAAAAUAAACAUAUUUGCAGAUUUAUAAUUAGCAGAUUCCAGAGGAACUCUCUGAAAACAUGUAGAUCUAAGGAUGUUAGUAGUGCAGACAGCAAACAUUCCUGAAUAUGCAGUGAAAACUGUUAUGCUACUGCAGAAGCUGAUGUUUUUAUUACAAAGUAAAGUGGCUGAAGCACUUUACUUUGUGCUUCAGCCAAUCAGCACAAAGUAAAGUAAGUGAAACUCCUGGAUUGGCUGGUUUACAAAUACCAACCAAUAACAUUAAAUGUUGGUGUUUCACCUUCCUAAAUUUUAUUUUUAUAUAUUGCAGAUUUUCUGCAUAUAUUUUUAAUGUUCGUGAGGAAAAAUUUAAAUACUGAACAUUAAAUAUGAGGGGAAACAGUUUUUGUUUGAUAAUUAAAUAUGACUUGAUUUUCUCAGUAUUAUUUCCACAGAUGAGCAUUAAUUGUUCAUCAUGUUGUGGAGGAAAAGGGUUUGUUUUUAUUCAAAUAGAAGAUUUUAUUCUAACGUUUGUGCUGCUCACUAUAUAUAAAUAUGAAAAAUUGAGUUUAUCUCAUGUGUUGCACCUUAUUGUGAGUUCAUCAUAUCUGAGUUUGCACUUGUAAUAAACUGAAAAAUUAACUUGCAGGAUUUUUUAUGCCAAAUUCCUGUUAAAUGUAUAUAUUUAUCCUCAAUAUUUUCACCACAAAUCCUGCAGUUUUAGUUUUGUGUGACUGCAGAAGUUUGGACCUUGAAUAGAUUUGGUGUCUGAAACGAGGCUUCCUGCUGCUGCCUGUCCUGAUUUGAGCCUUGACCAGAGCAAACCCUGCAGGAAGUCCUCCUUAUUUUGAAAACAUGAACCGAAUGACACGCCACCUUUUGUCUGUUUGCUCUUUUCUCGCUGAGAUUUGUUCAGAAGAUCAUCAGAGGUGAAUAAAAUAAUAUUCCUAUAUUUGCACACAAAACUACAAGUAUUUGGCCUAAAGGUGGAAAUUCUCAUUUGUUCUAACGCUGUGAAUCAUUUUUGUUCUGUAGAGAAGUGAGCUGCGUCAAUGUAGCACAGCAGCAUCUAGUGGUGGAUCAAGAGAACUGCAGCCCAGCUUGAGGUUUUAGUCUGGAAGAAAUAUGAAAUGUUGAUGUUUUGAGUCAACCUGAAACAUUUAAUCCGUAUUUUCCGAGGUCUAAACAUGGAUCAGCGUCGGAGCGGAAACUGGGAUCCCAGUUGGAGGCGCAAUCCCAGUUUAAUUCCCAGAGCAGAUGUCCUGACUGUUGGUGUCUUCAUGGGGGUUUCUGACCCGAAAAGACUUUGUUCUGCUGAAACUCACUCAGAUUCUCAUCUCUGAUCACUUUAAACAGGUUUGGUUCUAAAAAUUACAUCCUUUUAUAAAGUUUAACAUUUUCUUUGUUUCCAAUUUAGGAUUUUAAAAUAUUUAAUAAGUUUUACAUUUCUCUUACAUCUGCACUUCAUCUCUUUUCUAUCAAACUUAGCAUUUCAAACCAGUUUCUGGAGAUAAAUUGAUAAAUAAUAAAAUAACCUUUAAUCA